CUCGGUUCUGUCGGAGUUAACGGAUAUUGGGGGAGUUAAGCGGUCAUCAACUUGAUACUCCCCGCGGCUAGCGUGUAAGCUGCCCGCAUAGGCAACCUGUGGUACCAUAGUGUGAGACUACACUGGAGGCGAGAAGUUACAACUUCACAAAACAGUGGAAACUCGAAUCCCAAGCUGCAAAUCAAUUGCUACAAUGGAUACUCGGCAAAAGAAAGGGUCCAUUCCGAGCCCGUGCCGGACUGUCCAGGAUCCACCCGGAAGCAGAGCCAUGGGCGAUGUCAUAACCCUACAGCUGUUCCUAUAAGAACUGCUUCCAGUCCUACCUGCAAACAUUUUCAGAUUUUCAAGAUUCACACACAAUUAGAACAAUCAACACUACCAACAUCAUUCGUCAACAUGGUCAAGACACUUCCCUUCCAAGACAUCCAGGUCCCGUCACCCGGCUUUGGUGCCAUGGGCCUCAGCUUCGGCUUGGGCUACAACCUCAGUCUUGAAGAAGCAGAGCCCGUUCUGCUGAAAGCUAUCGAGCUUGGCUGCACUUUCUGGGAUACUGCUGUUAUUUACCAAGCGGGUGUGAACGAAAAACUUUUGGGAGAUUUCAUUCGCAAGCACAAUGUGCGCGACAAGAUCUUUAUUGCCUCCAAGUGCGGGUUCAAUGUCGAAAGCUUUACCGUCACCAACUCCGCCUCACAUAUCAAGGAAUACAUUGAAGGAACUAUUGAACGACUAGGGUUCACACCUGACCUGUAUUACCUCCACCGUAUCGAUCCUAACACCCCUCUCGAGGAGUCCAUCCCGGCUCUGGAUGAGAUCCGCAAGGCAGGCAAGACCAAGUACAUCGGUCUUUCAGAAUGCUCUGCUACAACUCUGCGCAAAGCCAACUCCAUUGCCAAAAUCGACGCCGUCCAAGCCGAAUACUCAGCCUUUGAGACCCUGCACGAGACGGACGGUCUGAUCGACACCGUCAAGGAGCUGGGUGUGGCGUAUGUGGCCUACAGUCCUCUGGGACACGGCUGGCUUGUGGACGACUUUCCCUUCAAGACGCCCGAAGACUUUGCGCCUGACGAUUUCCGUCGCGGUUCCCCCAAGUUCCAAGGUGAAAAUUUCUACGCCAACAAGAAGAUCGUGGAUGAGAUCAAGAAAAUCGCAAGCAAGAGAGGCUGUUCGAUCAGCCAAGUGGCCCUGGCGUGGGUUGCUGCUCAAGGCAUGAUUGCCAUUCCCGGCACAACCAAGGCGCACCGGUUGGAGCAAAACUGGGCUUCUCGGGAUAUCGACCUGACUGAUGAGGAGAAAGCCGAGAUGCGCAAGAUCAUUGAUGCCGCCAAGCCGCAGGGAAAUAGAUAUAAUGAGCGUCAACAGGCUAUGGUUGGGCACUAAGCGGAGCCGGGUCUUUUGGGUGGGGAUAUAUAUAUUUCUGGCGAGUCAGAUUAAACUUCUGUUGAUUUUUGAGACUUGAAGGCUAUUGCAGG